UUCAUCCCUGGCCAGAUUCCCGACUUACUUCCCCGAUCCAGAUCUCGUUGCUGUCCAGAGAACGCCACCGGAUCUUCUCCCGGAUCCUUUCCCUCCGUAACCUGCUGGUUUUCCUUUUCCUUGUUCCUAGCUCCAAUCUCCCAGUUUCGCAUCUCCCUCCCCUACUUCGGGCCCCCAGUAGCCGGCUAUUCUCAGCAUUACACCUGCUGUCCUCCUGGCUUCUGCCUCUCCUUGACCUCAGCUCCUUUCAUCAAUAGGGCCCUGUCAUAACUUUCUCAUCAGACUCUCCUAGCCUCUCUUCUCUUUGCCAGUUCCUGACUCCUACUAAAUUCCUUUGACCUUCUGACAUUUGACCCUGACACUGUUGACUCCCGAACUUAAAUUCCUACCUCCUGCAGCUUGGACUGCUGAAACUGAGGUCUAUCUUGGUUUCUGACCCCGUUUCUGUAGUUCAUUUUGAUUUUCUUACUCCUGGGCCAGUUCUUGCUCCCGCUACCCCACCAUGGACUUCUUGAUGAGCGGCGUGGCAGCCUGCGGAGCCUGUUUGUUCACCAACCCCCUGGAGGUGGUGAAGACCAGGAUGCAGUUGCAGGGAGAACUGCAGUCCCCUGGCACCUACCAGCGGCACUACCGAAACGUCUUCCAUGCCUUCAUCACCAUCGGCAAGGUAGACGGUUUGGCUGCCUUGCAGAAGGGCCUGGCCCCUGCCCUCCUAUACCAGUUCCUGAUGAAUGGCAUCCGGCUAGGCACCUACGGGCUGGCUGAGGCUGGAGGCUACCUGCACACAGCUGAAGGCACCCUCAGCCCUUCCCGCAGCGCAGCAGCUGGGGGCCUCGCUGGAGUCAUGGGAGCCUACUUGGGCAGCCCUAUCUACAUGGUGAAGACACACCUACAGGCACAAGCAGCCUCAGAAAUUGCCGUAGGAUACCAGUAUAAGCAUCGGAUAUUUCCUCCCCAGAGCUGGAAGGUGGCUCUGGUAGCUGCCAUGGUGAGUGGCAUUGCGGUGGUCCUGGCCAUGACACCCUUUGAUGUGGUUAGCACAAGACUCUACAACCAGCCCACAGAUGUUCAGGGCAAGGGUCUCAUGUACCGGGGGAUACUGGACGCUCUGCUACAGACUGCUCGGACAGAGGGCAUUUUUGGCAUGUACAAGGGUAUAGGAGCCUCCUACUUCCGCCUUGGCCCCCACACCAUCCUCUCCCUCUUCUUCUGGGACCAGCUGCGCAACCUCUACUACACAUACUCCAAAUAACAAUAUCCACUCUUCCACAAUCCACCAAGUCAGCACUCCUUGGACAAUCCUGCCUCCAUUACUAUGUCCUGGUGACUUCUGACCAGGUGACCUUUCAUCUGGGGACAGCCAAUCCCACUCCACAUCUGUUUUCUCAGGGUUGAAUCACUACAAGGGAUAGUUUCCCUCCCUUCCUUGGGUAUCGCUUUGAACUUUCUCUACCUGUCCCCCUGUACAUUUCACACUCCUCCCUCAGGGCUGAGCCAGUCACUCCAAAGUAGUAUAUUUUCUCCCUUUCUCCACUGCCAGCCUUG